AAUACAGGAAGUAAGCGAUGCAGCACUGACAGGAUAAAUACUAACAUAAGCUGUUAUUAAAAGCGGUUAACUCUCCGUGUCGUCCUCUCUCCUCCUGUCAGCCCAGCAAUGGACGGAUCAGUCAGAGCAUCUCCGGACGCCUCGGCCGCGCCGCCAGCGUAUUUCAGAGGGAAUGAGAGCUCCCUGGUUUCAGCCCUGAAGACUCUGCUGUUCUUCACCAUCCUCAUGGUCACGCUGCCCAUCGGACUGUACUUCGCUUCAAAGGCUUACAUCUUUGAGGGUUCGAUGAAGAUGUCGAGCUCCGACAGUUACUUCUACGCAGCCAUCGUGGCGGUGCUCGCUGUGCAUGUGGUGCUGGCCCUGUUUGUUUACGUGGCCUGGAACGAAGGCACGCCUAAAGGCAAGGGCAAACACGAUUAAGGCACGUCCUUAUCAGCUAAGACCGGAGGAGACACAGACGGACGCGGGCAGAGAUCCACAGAGCCCCCCCCCCCCCCCCCCCCCCCCCCCCCCCCCCCCCAUCUUACAACAGCUCCAUCUACAAACCAGACAUGUGAGAAUGUCUGGUCAGCACUCAGGCUUUAACACAAAGUUAGAGCAUGAAACCACUGUAUUCUCCCCUGGAAUGAGGGACUGUGAGCUGCAGGCGUGUUUUGCCACCCCGCUCUGCGACUGAAUCACCUUUUGCGCCAUGAAAAUACCAGUUUAACGUCGGGCGACCCCUGUUUUGAAGGGGGGCUCUGUCUGAAGCUCCAAGUGCUGCGAGUUUGUUUGCAGUAAGCACUUUGUUGUGCUGGGAAAUAUCUCGGGUCGUGUCCCUUAUGUACGUGUGUGAACACACACUUGGAAUAAUGUCAGCUGUGUGUAAAUGAAGUGUUUAUUCCAUGAUGGUCUGACCAGUCUGACCCUUCAGAGCAUCCAUGCGACUGUAUCGGUAACUUCACAUUUUCUGAUUUUUGUCGAACACAUUUAAACACGACCCCCAACGUUGACAUAAAUCACACGCUUCAGUUGUCCUGCUGUGUUCGUGAGCAAAGUCUCCACGUCGUCUUGUUCCUCGGAGCGAUCCCGUUCAUCUGUGAGUGCUUUUGGAGUUCGUUGAUGUCUGAUUGAUUGUGCUUGUGUUAUGUAUUUUGUGCAAGGUCAAAUGAGGAUAAGUGUAUUUAAAAAAAAAAAAAAUGUUUUGUAGAACAAUUGUUCAAUUUGAGAAUGUAGAUUUUGAUGUGGUGCAGAUGCAAGGACUCACUGCUUAAAUAAACUUUAAAUU